GCUGGCUUACGCUGCUAAUGGCACUUUUAUGGAGCUGACCCAUGAGGAAGGCAGCAACACAUCUUCAGAGAUCCAGCUUUCCAAUGCUACUAUUUCUUCUGCCGGUGCCCAGGGGAACAGAACCCAGAAGAUGAGUUGCUGGUGCUCCAGGAAGCAAGUGCCAAUAGUCAGGUAGCUGAAGAAUGUGAAUGCAGAGAAGAGGAGACACUCCUGACAAUAAUCCUGCCCUGGGGCCUGAAGGGCUUCUGGUGGCAACCAGCAUCUUAACUGCACCCAGAAGCGCACUGGAAGCAGCGUAGCUCAUACAGUGGAAGCUCUGCCAAUAACCGGGCUGGGGAUUCUGCUUGGGGAACAGGACAGGAACCGGCUGAAGCUCUUCCGGAAGGGCCAGAAUAUGAGCCCAGCCGACAUGUACCGGUGGAAGCUCUCCUCCCACGAGCCCUGCAGUUCCACUUGCACCACAGGAGUGAUGUCCACCUAUGCCAUGUGCAUCCGCUACGAUGGCACAGAGGUGGAGGACCCUUUCUGUGAUGCAGCUACGCGGCCUGAGCCCAUCCACGAGUUCUGUGCAGGAAGAGAAUGCCAACCCAGGUGGGAGACCAGCAGCUGGAGCGAGUGUUCCAGGACCUGCGGAGAAGGCCACCAGUUCCGGAUUGUCCGUUGCUGGAAGAUGAUCUCGCCUGGCCUGGACAGCUCCGUCUACAGCAACCUGUGUGAAUCAGCUGACAUCGCUCGGCCAGAAGAGAGGAAAGUCUGCAAGAACCCGGCUUGCGGGCCACAGUGGGAAAUGUCUGAGUGGUCUGAGUGCACAGCCAGGUGUGGUGAGAGAAGUAUGGUGAGCCGAGACAUCCGCUGUUCUGAAGAAGAGAGGCUGUGCGAUGCCAGCACCAAGCCAGCAGCUGAUAAGAACUGUACCGGGCCGCCCUGCGACCGGCAGUGGACAGUCUCUGACUGGGGACCGUGCAGUGGGGGCUGUGGGCCAGGCCGAAUGAUCCGCCAGGUCUACUGCAAGAGCAGCGAUGGACGCGUGGUGCCGGAGUCCCAGUGCAACCCUGAAGCCAAGCCCCUUGCCAUCCACCCCUGUGGGGAGAAGAACUGCCCCGCCGGCUGGCUGGCCCAAGACUGGGAACGGUGCAACGCCACCUGCGGCCGAGGGUUGAAGAAGCGGACAGUCCUCUGCCUGGAGAUAGUCAGUGGGAAGAUCAAAACCCGACCCCCUGCCACGUGCAAUGCCACCAAGAAGGAGGCUGAGGAAGCCACCUGCUUUGAGCGCCCCUGCUUCAAGUGGUACACCACCCCUUGGUCUGAGUGCACAAAAACCUGCGGAAUUGGCGUGCGGAUGCGGGAUGUCAAGUGUUACCAAGGGAAGGAUCUUGUCCGUGGGUGUGACCCACUCUUGAAACCAGUUGUGAAGCAGACCUGUGACCUCCAUCCUUGCCCAACAGAGCCACCAGACGACAGUUGCCAGGACCAGGCGGGGACCAACUGCGCUCUGGCGAUUAAGGUGAACCUCUGUGGCCACUGGUACUACAGCAAGGCCUGCUGCCGAUCCUGCCGCGUACCCCAUUCCUAAAGGGGAGCAACGGCGUCCCAUGUAUGAGGAGGAGCAACCAGAGCUUAGCGCCAUCAGGCAUCACCUUGUGGUUCUCGCUUCUCUUUUCCUCCAGCCAUGAAGGGGACUCCCACUUGACCACCAACGUCGCCUGCAGAAUUCUGGAUUUUUCUUUUAAUUCACUGAGCAAACCUUUGAUCUACCUGUACAUGACUCUCCUCCCGCGAGUGAUUUUGUCCAUGACCGUCUAGCUGCUUCUCCCUGUCGUCCCUCACGUCUGCCUCCUCUGCAUCUGUUUAGAGCUUGCCAGGCUGGCUUUGCUUUCCUGUUACUGGCACGUCGCCUGUUGCAGGACUGGGCUCAAGUCAGAAUGCCCCCCCUCCGCCUUGGCUCUUUCCUUCCACCUCUCUGCCUUAAGAGUCUGUCCCAUGGUCCCCACAAGGCUUGGGGCGGGGCUUUAAGUGAGACACAAAACCAAAUAAAAGGUAUGCUGAACCUCUGCAGUUAAUAAUUGCCCCACGUGUUGCAAUGAAAAAUAUUUCAGGACUCGCAUCCAUUUUGGUGGGAAUUGGUGGGAAUGACAUUUGCAUCAGCUUUAGAUACUAAAAUGGCAAUCAAAUCACUAAAAGCAGAAGAGCCCUGUCAUGUCAGGCUUGGGCACUUUGUCUUUAUUCUCACUCAGUAGUAAAUAUAAAUUAACGAAGGGCAGAUAGUAAAGUCCACUAAAUAUAACAUGUAAGUGCACAUCUGGCAGAAAUGUUUUAUUUUGUAAUUGAACUCUUAAAUACAUAAUGCCAGCAUAUUGUAUAGGAUAAGUAAAACAUAGCUGCACUUUAUAACUCAAAAGGGCCCUGGACUGUUUUUUAAUGUAUUUGUUUACAAAAUAAUAAACUUUAUCCUUUUUACUGUUGAA